AUGCCUGUGGCCUCCACCAGGACAGAGCCUGCGCCCCAGAUGUUGGACGCAAUGAGCGACAGCACCAAUAGCUCCACCACAGCCAAUGACUUGGACCUCAUCUACCUCAAGGGCAUCAUGGAGAGCCCUCUGGAGCAAGAGGAAAGCCUGAAGGAGCCACGUCUGUCAGCGGUGAGGGAGAACAAUGUGGAGCUCCUGCAGGAGAUACUCAGAGACCUCGACCCCUUCACAGACCACUCUGACAAUGCAGCUGAGCUCUCUCGCAUACUUGUACAGCCUCACUUCCAGUCUCUACUGGAGACUCAUGAUUCGGUGGCAUCCCAGGUGUGUGAAAGCCCACCCCCCAGCCCAUGUGACUUUGUGGAUCAUGAACUGGAUGAUGGCCCCACACACACCCUGCACCCACCACCUGACGCAAUUCGAAUGGUGGGCAUACGCAAAGUGGAAGGGGAGCAUCUGGGUGUGACAUUCAAGGUAGAGGGUGGUGAGCUGGUGAUAGCCCGCAUCCUCCAUGGAGGAAUGAUAGAUCAGCAAGGACUGCUGCAUGUUGGCGAUAUCAUCAAAGAGGUGAAUGGCCGAGAGGUGGGCCAAGACCCCAGAGUGUUACAGGAGGAGCUACAAGCAACCAGUGGAAGUGUGGUAUUGAAGAUACUGCCCAGUUACCAUGAAGCAAUACCACCAAGACAGGUGUUCUUUAAGUGCCACUACGACUACGAUCCAGCCAACGACAACCUGAUCCCUUGUAAGGAGGCAGGGUUAAGGUUUGAGACAGGAGACAUCCUGCAGAUAGUCAACCAGGACGACGUCAACUGGUGGCAGGCAUGUCAUGUGGAGGGUGGAAGUGCGGGGCUGAUACCCAGUCAGAUGCUGGAAGAGAAGAGGAAAGCAUUUGUGAAGAGAGACGUGGAACUGGCACCUGCAGGAAAUCUGUGUACGGGUGUUGGAGUUAAGAAGAAGAAAAAGAUGAUGUAUGUGACCACCAAAAAUGCAGAGUUCGACAGACAUGAGAUCUUGCUCUACGAGGAGGUGGCCAAGGUCCCACCUUUCAAGAGGAAAACUUUGAUUUUGAUUGGCGCCCAGGGUGUGGGGCGACGGAGACUGAAGAACAAUCUUCUUCUGAGGGAUCCACAGCUCUUCGGCACCACUAUUCCAUACACCUCCAGAAAGCCCAAAAAGGGGGAGCGCGAUAGUCGGAUGUACGCCUUCACCAGCCGCAGCAAGAUGGAUGCUGAUAUCAAGAACGGGCGCUUUCUUGAACAUGGAGAGUACGACGGCAACCUGUACGGAAUCAAGAUUGACUCUAUACAUGAGGUGGUGGAGGCAGGACGCGUCUGCAUACUAGAUGCCAAUCCUCAGUCUCUCAAAGUGCUGAGGACGUCUGAGUUCUUGCCAUAUGUGGUGUUCCUUCAGUCUCCUGACUUCGAGGUCCUCAAGGCGAUGAAUCACUCAGCUGUAGAGGCAGAGGUGGUUGAUAGGACUCUUACGGAUGAAGAGCUAAAGAGGACAUGCAACGACAGUGCUAAAAUCCAGGCGGCCUACGGUCAGUACUUUGACCUCACCAUCAUCAACGACAACCUGGAUGAGACCUACCGCACCGUCAAAGCUGCACUGGAGACAGUUUCUAAAAACCCCCAGUGGGUCCCAGUCACCUGGGUUUUCUAG